GAAAGGAAAGGAUUAGGGAGUCGUGAUGGCGCAAAACUCAAACAUUGCGCGUGUCGAUCAAGACAUGGAACUUCCAAAAUGGUGUCAAGCGUCGACGGAAGCUUCACUUCAAAGGUUUACACGAGGACAUGGUUCAAUGGUUAAUCUCCUUAACCUUCUGUCGGACCAUGCAAGCAUGGAGAAAAAGGUCAGCCAACUCUACGAAGAGUUUGAAACAAAGUGGAAGAAGAGAGCCCUUAUUGAAAUUGGUGGCACCAUAGCUGACGACGAGGUGAAUGUUGUAUUGAGAAUCUGGAUGGCCACUUACAAGGAAAAGCAAGAUCAGCAUAUCCAAUUAUUAAGCUCACUGACUGCCACAGAUGGCCCCAUUCGAAGCCUUCAGAAUUACAUCAACUCAGAAGAGGCCAAGGCUACAAGGGAGGCCACUCUAUCACUCUUUGAAAGGGCAAAGCAAAAGCAGGCUAUGCUGGAGAAGGACAUCAAACAGCUGAAGGGGAACUUCUUCCUGGCUAAGGACAAAGAGGUUGACUUCAAGCUGGAGCUGGACGCUGCACAGGACGACCAUGCCCGAUAUGGUGCUCUGGUGACUCGGUGGAAGCAGCUGCAGGCUGAUGGUGAAAGGGCCAGCACAUCCUACAGACAAAAACUGCAAGAGGAAAAAUCUACACGAACGACUUUCAUAGAAGAAAUGAAAAGAUUCCAGGAUGAAUCUAAUGCUCAUGAGAGAGCCCGCCUUCAGCAGCUGCAGCAUGUGAUGACUUCAGUCAUACAAAUCAGUAAAGCAGUAGAAAUCCACAGGGGAGAGAGACUGGGUCCAUUAUUUGAAGAUGGAAUCUCCCGCCUUGAGAAAUAUGACUUUGAGAGAGAAAUUGCCCUCUUCAAUCAGCUCAAUGUGUAUCAGCAUGAGUUCCCUGUGGAACAGCUGCACCCAUCUGAAGUGUUGGCCAAGAAGGAAACAGAGGAGAAAUCUCAUUUAGACUUUCCGCCAUCUCCAACAGCUCAAGCUGGCCCAUCUAUAGAGUUGGCCAAGAAGAAAACAGAGAAGAAAUCUCACUUAGACGUGGCGCCAUCUUUGGCAGCUAAAGCUGUCCCAUCUGUACAGUUUGCCAAGAAGGAAACAGAGGAGAAAUCUCACUUCGAUGCGGCGCCAUCUCCGGCAGCUGAAGCUGUCCCAUCUGUACAGUUUGCCAAGAAGAAAUCUUACUUAGAUGCGGCGCCAUCUCCGGCAGCUAAAGCUAACCAAUCUGUAAAGUUGGCCAAGAAGAAAACAGAGGAGAAAUCCCACAUAGAUACGGCGCCAUCUCCGGCAACUAAAGCUGUCCCAUCUGUAAAGUUGGCCGAUAAGAAAUCUCACUUAGAUGCGGCGCCAUCUCCGGCAACUAAAGCUGUCCCACCUGUAGAGUUGGCCAAGAAGAAAUCUCACUUAGAUGCGGCGCCAUCUCCGGCAACUAAAGCUGGCCCAUCUGUAAAGUUGUCCAAGAAGGAAACAGAGAAGAAAUCUCACUUAGAUGUGGCGCCAUCUCUGGCAGCUGAAGCUGGCCCAUCUGUAGAGUUGAAUGACAUUCAAGUACUGCCAGUCACAAAAGAGACAGCUGUGCCUGUACGACCCAUACUAAAGUCAGCGGGGCCAAGGACAAGACAACGAUCCCGUCAUGUGAGGUAUGCAGUCCCGAGACCAUCAGACUUCCGCACCAUCCCUGCAAGGCCGGGGCCCUACAACCCUGUGCGAAGGAGAAGCCACACAGUCAAGCCCAUUGUGGAGAAUACUGGCAGCAUCGCAUAUUUUGAUGAUCUCCUGAAACCAGUAGUGACCACAGCUAUUGGUAUCACACACAUUGCACAAGGCCAUACAGUCAAAGUGUACGCAGUCAAGGACAUCUUUGGUGUCUCAGUGAAUGACAUCACAUGCAAAGCAGGAUGUAAGAUUUACAUGACGCGACCUGCUUCCUCUGGCUCUGCCUUUGGAUACAUCAAGAAGGGCUGGCUGUUCAAGAGGAAGAUAUAUGGCUACUUCGAUGAACAGCUCGUCACCAUCCUCAAGAAGCCAGGCACUGAUAAAACCUCCAACUUAAUGUGUUAGAUACCAUGACCUGUCCACCCUCCCUACCGGACUUGGCUAUCAACUUAAUAAGGACUUCUGAGCUAUUUGUGAUACACUUUGAUAUUUGUUUUUUGUCACAUGGAUGUAGUGUUAACUGUUUUUGAGAAUUUUUUGCUUGAUCUGUGAUGUGAAUUUGAUAUUUUUGGGGAUGUAUUUUGUGGUAUGGAGUCAUAGAUGAUUUAUUGAAGUGUAUGGUUACCAUGUUACAAAUCCUUUUAUAAGGAUGCUUUUUACAAUGAGAUGAGAUGAAUCUGUUGUGUGAGGGAUGUUCACAUGGAAAUGUGAAAUGUGUGGGAUUUAUCUAUUGUUAAAUGUUUGAAUUAUGCAAAAUACCUGGAUGUAUGUGGGGGUCAACACAAGUGGGUCUGUUACCCUGCAAGGAAAUAGAUCAUUUGUAUAGAGAAAUGAGGGAAGCUCAGACCAAUCAGUGCUAAGAUUACAAUGCCCAAAACUGCAAUAUUUCUCACUUGAUAAUGUGUGUGAAACAUGUGCCCUAGGCUUGUGGUAGGUGCUCCACUCAUUGAUUCAAUGCCAGGCAACAUCAGUGCUCCCUAAAAGUUCUCCACUAAACCAUCGGCCCAAUGUAAUCGGGGAGGUAGAUACAGCACACAGGUCUCCACUAAACCAUUGGCCUAGUGUAAUCGGGGAGGUACAUAUAGCACACAGGUCUCCACUAAAUCAUCGGCCCAAUGUAAUCGGGGAGGUACAUAUAGCACACAGGUCUCCACUAAAUCAUCGGCCCAAUGUAAUCGGGGAGGUAGAUACAGCACACAGGUCUCCACUAAAUCAUCGGCCCAAUGUAAUCGGGGAGGUACAUAUAGCACACAGGUCUCCACUAAACAUCGGCCCUGUGUAAUCGGGGAAUCUUACUGCUAACAAUACUCAAAAUCGAUACUAAAAAUACUAAUAUCCUCUACUAACAAUAAUACUAAUACUAAUAUCCUACUACUUACAAUACUACCACUGAUAUCCUGCUACUAACAAUACUACUACUGAUAUCAUGCUACUAACAAUACUACUACUGAUAUCCUGCUACUAACAAUACUACUACUGAUAUCCUGCUACUAACAAUACUACCACUGAUAUCCUGCUACUAACAAUACUACUACUGAUAUCAUGCUACUAACAAUACUACUACUGAUAUCCUGCUACUAACAAUACUACUACUGAUAUCCUGCUACUAACAAUACUACUACUGAUAUCCUGCUACUAACAAUACUACUACUGAUAUCCUGCUACUAACAAUACUACUAAAACAUAUCGGGUCACUGUAUUCACAGGUGAUGGAGGGUUCGUAGAGAACACAUCUCUCCACUACACCGCCCUUCUACUAACAAUAAUGCUAUUACUAAUAUCCUGCUAUGAACAAAACUACUAACACAACUACUAAUAUCCAACAGUAAUAUAGGAUCGUAGGGUGCCACAUAUCGUCCCAUUGUAUUCAUAGGUGAUGGAGGGUCGUAGAGAACACAUCUCUCCACAACACACAUAUCGGGUCACUGUAUUCACAGGUGAUGGAGGGUCGUAGAGAACACAUCUCUCCACAACACACAUAUCGGGUCACUGUAUUCACAGGUGAUGGAGGGUCGUAGAGAACACAUCUCUCCACAACACACAUAUCGGGUCACUGUAUUCACAGGUGAUGGAGGGUCGUAGAGAACACAUCUCUCCACGACACACAUAUCGGGUCACUGUAUUCACAGGUGAUGGAGGGUCGUAGAGAACACAUCUCUCCACAACACACAUAUCGGGUCACUGUAUUCACAGGUGAUGGAGGGUCGUAGAGAACACAUCUCUCCACAACACACAUAUCGGGUCACUGUAUUCACAGGUGAUGGAGGGUCGUAGAGAACACAUCUCUCCACAACACACACAUUGGGUCACUGUAUUCACAGGUGAUGGAGGGUUGUAGAGAACACAUCUCUCCACAACACACAUAUCGGGUCACUGUAUUCACAGGUGAUGGAGGGUCGUAGAGAACACAUCUCUCCACAACACACAUAUCGGGUCACUGUAUUCACAGGUGAUGGAGGGUCGUAGAGAACACAUCUCUCCACUACACACAUAUCGGGUCACUGUAUUCACAGGUGAUGGAGGGUCGUAGAGAACACAUCUCUACACAACACAUAUCGGGUCACUGUAUUCACAGGUGAUGGAGGGUUGUAGAGAACACAUCUCUCCACAACACACAUAUCGGGUCACUGUAUUCACAGGUGAUGGAGGGUCGUAGAGAACACAUCUCUCCACAACACACACAUCGGGUCACUGUAUUCACAGGUGAUGGAGGGUCGUAGAGAACACAUCUCUCCACUACACACAUAUCGGGUCACUGUAUUCACAGGUGAUGGAGGGUCGUAGAGAACACAUCUCUCCACAACACACAUAUCGGGUCACUGUAUUCACAGGUGAUGGAGGGUCGUAGAGAACACAUCUCUCCACAACACACAUAUCGGGUCACUGUAUUCACAGGUGAUGGAGGGUCGUAGAGAACACAUCUCUCCACAACACACAUAUCGGGUCACUGUAUUCACAGGUGAUGGAGGGUCGUAGAGAACACAUCUCUCCACAACACACAUAUUGGGUCACUGUAUUCACAGGUGAUGGAGGGUCGUAGAGAACACAUCUCUCCCCAACACACAUAUUGGGUCACUGUAUUCACAGGUGAUGGAGGGUCAUAGAGAACACAUCUCUGCACAACACACAUAUCGGGUCACUGUAUUCACAGGUGAUGGAGGGUCGUAGAGAACACAUCUCACCACAACACACAUAUCGGGUCACUGUAUUCACAGGUGAUGGAGGGUCGUAGAGAACACAUCUCUCCACAACACACAUAUCGGGUCACUGUAUUCACAGGUGAUGGAGGGUCGUAGAGAACACAUCUCUCCACAACACACAUAUUGGGUCACUGUAUUCACAGGUGAUGGAGGGUCGUAGAGAACACAUCUCUCCACAACACACAUAUCGGGUCACUGUAUUCACAGGUGAUGGAGGGUUCGUAGAGAACAUAUCUCUCCACAACACACACAUCGGGUCACUGUAUUCACAGGUGAUGGAGGGUUGUAGAGAACACAUCUCUCCACAACACACACAUAUUGGGUCACUGUAUUCACAGGUGAUGGAGGGUCGUAGAGAACACAUCUCUCCACAACACACAUAUCGGGUCACUGUAUUCACAGGUGAUGGAUGGUCGUAGAGAACACAUCUCUCCACAACACACAUAUCGGGUCACUGUAUUCACAGGUGAUGGAGGGUCGUAGAGAACACAUCUCUCCACAACACACAAAUCGGGUCACUGUAUUCACAGGUGAUGGAGGGUCGUAGAGAACACAUCUCUCCACAACACACAUAUCGGGUCACUGUAUUCACAGGUGAUGGAGGGUCGUAGAGAACACAUCUCUCCACAACACACAUAUGGGGUCACUGUAUUCACAGGUGAUGGAGGGUCGUAGAGAACACAUCUCUCCACAACACACAUAUCGGGUCACUGUAUUCACAGGUGAUGGAGGGUUCGUAGAGAACACAUCUCUCCACAACACACACAUCGGGUCACUGUAUUCACAGGUGAUGGAGGGUUGUAGAGAACACAUCUCUUCACAACACACACAUAUUGGGUCACUGUAUUCACAGGUGAUGGAGGGUCGUAGAGAACACAUCUCUCCACAACACACAUAUCGGGUCACUGUAUUCACAGGUGAUGAAGGGUCGUAGAGAACACAUCUCUCCACAACACACAUAUCGGGUCACUGUAUUCACAGGUGAUGGAGGGUUCGUAGAGAACACAUCUCUCCACAACACACACAUCGGGUCACUGUAUUCACAGGUGAUGGAGGGUUGUAGAGAACACAUCUCUCCACAACACACACAUAUUGGGUCACUGUAUUCACAGGUGAUGGAGGGUCGUAGAGAACACAUCUCUCCACAACACACAUAUCGGGUCACUGUAUUCACAGGUGAUGGAGGGUCGUAGAGAACACAUCUCUCCACAACACAGACAUAUUGGGUCACUGUAUUCACAGAUGAUGGAGGGUCGUAGAGAACACAUCUCUCCACAACACACAUAUCGGGUGACUGUAUUCACAGGUGAUGGAGGGUCGUAGAGAACACAUCUCUCCACAACACACAUAUCGGGUCACUGUAUUCACAGGUGAUGGAGGGUCGUAGAGAACACAUCUCUCCACAACACACAUAUCGGGUCACUGUAUUCACAGGUGAUGGAGGGUCGUAGAGAACACAUCUCUCCACAACACACAUAUUGGGUCACUGUAUUCACAGGUGAUGGAGGGUCGUAGAGGACACAUCUCUCCACAACACACAUAUCUGGUCACUGUUUUCACAGGUGAUGGAGGGUCUUAGAGAACACAUCUCUCCACAACACACAUAUCUGGUCACUGUUUUCACAGGUGAUGGAGGGUCGUAGAGAACACAUCUCUCCACAACACACAUAUCGGGUCACUGUAUUCACAGGCGAUGGAGGGUUCGUAGAGAACAUAUCUCUCCACAACACACAUAUCGGGUCACUGUAUUUACAGAUGAUGGAGGGUCGUAGAGAACACAUCUCUCUCCAACACAUAUUGGGCCACUGUAUUCACAGGUGAUGGAGGGUGGUGUUACAGAUUCUUUACAUCCAGGGAUGGAUGAAUAUAUUCCUGAGUGCUAGAGGAAUGCUGAGUACCCAUUGACAUGAAGUAUUGAUGAUGCCUGGUUAACAGACUAAUAGUCAAGUAGCUCAGUAGUCAACAGUCUUUGCGUAUGGAAUAAUUUACAUCUAGACAUGGAUCGAUGAUUUCUUCCAACAAAAGGGGGCACGGGUGGCCCAGUCGUCUGAGUCGCCGCCAUUCGCUGUGCAGAGUUGCGUCCCUUGGGCACGCCAGAAACCUAUGAUUGUGCGUUCGAAUCCCGGUUUGCCC